CAGUUUGCACGGGAUGACCGUCACUCACAUAUGCUGGUCUGGAUCAGGUCUGGAUUAGCGAGGAAAGCCCCGGCAGUGCUGCUGCAAAGGAAGCGCUCGUUGGAAACUCGUGCGGCGAUCGAUUGUUACUGUCUGAUCUCUGUGAUGUAAAGAUGGAUGCCUGCCGAAAUAGGUUAUAAACGUGGGAAGGACCUCCCUGGCAGCUCACCGUGCAGUUCCCUGUUUUGGUCUAUGCUUGCUGCGCUACAGCAUGACCACAGCAGUGUCGGCUCAUCUGGUAGUUCUGGCAAAUGAAAAUGGAGGAGGUUUCAAUGUCCAGCCUGGACAACAGCAAGCUGGAGGGCCUAGCUCAGGACAUCCUGUCUGACCUGGUGGAGGAUGCAUGCCUGGGUCUUUGCUUCGAGGUCCACCGGGCCGUCAAGCAGGGCUAUUUCUUCCUGGAUGACACGGACCAAGAAAGCAUGAGGGACUUUGAAAUUGUGGACCAGCCAGGACUGGAUGUGUUUGGCCAGGUGUACAACCAAUGGAAAAACAAGGAGUGUGUAUGUCCCAACUGCAGCCGAAGCAUUGCUGCGUCACGCUUUGCCCCACACCUGGAGAAAUGUCUGGGCAUGGGACGCAACAGCAGCCGCAUAGCCAACCGCAGAAUAGUCACUGGAAACAACACCAACAACAAGUCAGAAAGUGACCAAGAGGAUAACGACGACGUCAAUGACAAUGACUGGUCCUAUGGGGCAGAAAAGAAAGCCAAGAAAAGGAAAUCGGAUAAGAAUCCAAACUCACCAAGAAGAUCCAAAUCGUUUAAACAUAAGAACAGCAUGAUGGGUCCUCGACGUCGCAUGGACAACCAGGAGAGCCCUCGCAUGCUGAUGAAAGACGAGGCAUUCCCUCAAUAGUACACUCAGCCACAAAACACAUUCUCUACCCAUCGUGUGUCCACGCAAACACACAGACACAAACACAAGGGAAGACCAAUAACACUUCUCUCAUGGUUCUUUAUGUUGUGAAAUCAAUGGACGUCAAUGUUAACGGUGACAUUUUUGGCGUUUGCUGCUCUGCAUAAGCAGUCUAGACCUCCCACUGUAUACUUGACAAAUUUUUUUUUCUUCCACAAAAUCAUCGUAACUACAUUUUUUAGUUUAUUUUGAUUGAGAUUUUUUUUUGCUGGAGUCCAAUGAAUAAUGAAUAUCACCAUUUAUGACACUGCACAGAGGUAGAUUCAGGUGUAAUUCAUUCAGGGGCUGAGCAGAGGCUGCUGUCUGAAGAGUGAAAGCGUGCAUAUACAGUAUGUUGUUUCUUUAAAGUACUGAAAGGAUUAGUCGGUAGGUGUGCUUUAAUUUCUCACCUUUUGAAAAAAAAUAACGUCAAAGACAAUCAUUACUAAUGGUUCGUCUUUGGUUUUACUUUCAACAUCAGGCUUACAGUUCCACAGAGUGAGAGAGAGUCAGCUCUCCCCAUCAUUCACUUGAUUUAAAAAAAACGUUCAGUAAAUGAACCUCUGACUCUACAUGCAGGUAUUUUCUGCAGAAAGCAGGUUUGUUUUGUUUCAUUACUUUUGGUGAAUAGAUCAGCUUGUUUUCUAGCGUUCAAAAAUGUCUUUGUAUCAUGUGUUUACAUUGUAAAGGGUUACAUAUAUCCUUGGUGUGAAGUGAUAGUGUAAAUAUUCCAAUAGUUGAAUUGCUGCUAUCAUGGCUCGGUUUGUUUCAUCUGUCUAGCAUAAUAAAUGAUUUGUUACCUGUCA